UACAGUAGUUUGUUGAUAGCCCGGCCCGUGAACGGAACGCACACGGACGGAUCCAAUCGAAUCGAAUCGGUACGGAACGAAAAGUGGAAUCAGCGGAAGAUCGACGUGAAUACAAUAUAUAUGGUGCGGAUGGGUGCCAAACAAGAGCAAUUGGAGCAAUAGACUGAGAAAAUAGAUACUCUGCUGAGCCAGCCGCAUAUUUAGAUUGCAGGGUCCCAGAGUUCUUAGGUAACCAGAUACAUCACAGCCGGACUGCUCUACUGCUCUAAUCAAAAACGGCAGAACCGCCGUAUCAGCAGAACCGUCGGAAAGCAGAGCCCGGAAAAUGUGAAGCUUUCGUGUCAGUUGUCCAGUCGCUCCAGUGCAGUUAGCCCAGUGUGAGUGCUCCUCCCAGUGUGAUCCCGCUCUCCGUCCGGCCAACAACAAGUCGGUUCCUACGGUGUUAACAAGUGGUUGACAAUGCGGCCGAUACGUUAACUGGAAAUGGAUCCGAUGCCUUCUGAUUUGCGGUCUGUCUCUGGCCUCAUCUGGCUAUUGAUUCUCAUUUGUUUCUGCGGCUUGGAACUAUCCAGUGGCUUCUUCGUGGACUAUACAGAAAACACAGAACUGAUACAACAAAGAGCCGGCUUCGACGUCAAGCUGCAGUGCAAUCUGAAGGGACUGGUGGACGACAGCAAGCUCGCGGACAUCAAGAUACAUUGGUACUUCAAGCAAUGUAGCAACAAUAACUGCCACAAGCUGGAGUCGAUCGACGACUGGACGGCUCUCCCUUGUGAGCCGAGUCUGUGUCGGCCGGAACUGUGGCUUAGAAAUGUCACGGAGCGAUAUUCCGGACUCUACAAGUGCAGCAUAAAUCCUCACAUCCUGGAUGAAACUCAAUCGGUGGAUGUGCAGCUGGUUCGCACCUACCAAUUGGAUGUAAAAAACACUUCUCUGGCGGCUCCUGAAUUCGUGGACUCGUAUCCUAGCAACCAAACGGCAUUUCUGGGCGGUCAGGUGGUGUUCCAGUGCCGAGUCCACAGCGAGGAGCAUCCCACAAUCAAGUGGUUCCGGCGGCACAGCUACGUGGGAGCCCAGGCGGUAGGAGAGGGCUCCCCAGGCGGAGCCAGUGCCUCAAAUUUCAGCACACACAUCGUGCGCUACAAUGGCCGCACCUACGAGCUGCUCUCCACGGCAUCUGAGAAGCUGAUGGGACCGCAGCUGUAUCUCAGCAAGCUAAUUCUGGACGGAGUGCGUCUGAGGGAUGCCGGGCACUAUGCCUGCGUGGCCAUCAGCUACAGGGGCCACAAGAUCCGAGAAGCCUUCCUCCAAGUCCAGCCCAUACAGACCGACUCCGACAUGGAGAAGGAGUACUGGCUGGACUACGACGAUAGUGAGGAUGGGAUUCCAGCCAGUGACCCGAGGGAGUUCCUCCUAUUAUUCCUAAUGCCCCUGGGUCUGGCACUUCUGCCCCUGACCGUCUGGCUCACCUACCUGUUGUACAAACGCUGCUCGGUGGGGCACGGUGACUGCCAGAGGAUAGACUCCGACGAGGACCUGGACACCGAGCGGUGUGUCCUCGGCGGAAACUGAAAGCAGCUGAAAAUCCACGCGUUAUACGCUUAUUAUGUUUAGGAGUAAAGACUGUCCGUAGGCUAGAACCAAAAUAGAGUAAAUAAGUAGCUCCAUAAUAAGACGAUGUUUUCCAACUUGCAUAUAAAAUAUAUAUUUGCUUACUCGCAAA